AAACCGACACGUUCUUCAAGCUUCCAUUUUCUUCAAGUAUAAGAUAACUACAACCUUAAUAACCCGCUGGAUUUUUGUUUUUAAUUGUCUUGUGAGAAAGGAAGAACAAAAUCGUUAGGUUCAUAUGUCUUCUUCAAAAGCUCCUUCAAAUUCUCUCUACCCGGAAGUGAUUCUUUCAAACCCGGAAGCUGCUUCUGCUUCUAUCUCAACUCCUCCUUCGUCUUCUUUGUACCCGUCAGUUGACAUGACAGAAGUAGCGGAGAAGCUCUUCCCGGAUGACGACGCCGCUUCGCAAACUACGAACGUUCAACCGUCUGAGGAUCUUCUUGUCAAGGUACCUGGGGCCAUAGUUCAUCUUAUUGAAAGAGAAAACAGCGUUGAACUGGCUUCUGGCGAACUCAGCAUAGUUAGUCUUUCACAAGGUGGUAAUGUUGUAGCUGUUUUUGCACGUAUAGGAGAUGAAAUUCAAUGGCCUUUAGCUAAAGAUGAGCCUGCAGUGAAGCUUGACGAGUCUCACUAUUUCUUCACUCUUCGUGUACCGGAUCAAGACCAUUAUGAGUUGUUGAAUUACGGGUUAACAAUUGCCACCAAAGGACAAGCUCAUCUGUUGAAAGAGUUGGAUAGAAUUUUAGAGACUUACAGUUGUUUUUCGGUUCAGAAAGUGAGGAACAUGGAGAGCUGGGAGGUGGUGGCAAGGGAGAUGUCGCCAGAGGAGUUGAAGUUGGAGGAUAAGAGGGAUUUUAUGGAGAAAAGCUCGUCGGCUUAUUGGACUACUUUGGCUCCUAAUGUUGAGGACUAUAGUUGGACUUCUGCGAGGAUGAUUGCGGCAGGGUCAGGGCAAUUAAUUAGGGGUGUUUUGUGGUGUGGUGAUUUGACUGUGGAUAGGUUGAAGUGGGGGAAUGAGUUCUUGAGGAAGAGGAUGGGACCGGGUUCGAAAUCUGAGAUUAGUCCUGCUACAAUCAAGAGGAUUAAAAGGGUUAAACAGUUGACAAAGAUGUCCGAGAAAGUGGCCACUGGAAUUCUUUCGGGGAUUGUCAAAGUGUCGGGAUUCUUCACAAGUUCAAUUGUGAAUUCUAAAGUCGGCAAGAAAUUCUUUAGCCUUCUGCCUGGAGAACUUGUCCUCGCUACCUUGGAUGGAUUCAAUAAGUUUUGUGAUGCAGUUGAAGUUGCCGGAAAGAAUGUCAUGUCGACUACAUCAGUUGUGACAACUGGGCUUGUUUCGGAGAGGUAUGGGGAGCAAGCAGCAAAGGCAACCAAUGAAGGGCUAGAUGCAGCAGGACAUGCAAUUGGCGCUGCUUGGGCUGUUUUCAAGAUAAGAAAGGCGUUCAAUCCGGCUAGCGCAUUCAAACCCACAACCCUUGCAAAAGCUGCUGCAAAAUCAAAAUAUGCCGAAUUGAAGGAUGAACAACAGAAGUAAUAGCAGCUAAUAGAUUUUUAUGUUGGGUUGCCCUUUGUUUGCUUCUGUAUGAAAGCAGGAAGGUUUAAAGAUACUUCUCUCUGUCAAUUUGCAUUUUCCUGAGUGAAUCUUAAUGACAACAUGAUGUUGAAAGUAGUGAAA